UUCACUGUGACAUACACUAAUUUCACACUUAUUAAAUCCCUGCCGUUAUUUAAUGACACAUUUAUUACAAAACAGAUGUGUCAAAGUAACAUUUGUUUACCAGUAAGAACUCAUUACUGUCUGAAGUCAUUUUCUGCAUGUAUUAGAACCAGCAUACCAGGAUUUUGCAUGAAUCUUACUUGUACCAAUAUUGUAAAGGGUUUGAAAUACGUGAUUCAUCACAAUGGUUCUGCCGGUAUCAACACUAUUGAUGCAUAUUUUAAUAUAGGAAAUGCUUCUUAUGCGUUUUAUCAAUAUUUUGAGGUCAAAUACAACUGGAUAGAUUUAAAUAACACAAAAGUUUUUAUUCGUAGUGGAAAUGCCGGCUACAUGAUGGAACUGAUGCAUUUCUUACAUUGCCCUUGGCUGAAAAGAAUGGAGAAUGUGACCGAACUAAUAGACAUAUAAUUAUAUUCGGUGAAGAUAUCAGAUUAACAUGCUCUGCCAAAUUAUUUAUCAAGAAUUUCACUGCAGUAUCUUGUGAGGAACUAC